ACGCCGCCUCAGCGGCUCAGCCCUCACCCAUCGCUCCUCCGAGCUCCAGCCACUGGUUCCCCUCCUCUCGCCGCUCGCCCCGCCCACAGUCGCCGUCGUCGGGCCAGGAGAGACGAGACAGGGGCAUCCACUGCGUCUCCCGUGCGGACUGCGGCUGGAUCGAUCCUGCCGUGCUCGCGGCUGGCUGGACACCACUCCAUCUGCGUCUCCCUCACCACCGCCGGACCAGUACUGCGCCGGACGGCCUCAAAUCAUCUUCCCCAACCUCCGUUUGAACAAAUCAGCAAGAGCAGAACAUGAAGAGGAAUGGUAUCAUUCUGGACCUUUUUCGAAAACAUGAAGAGAAAGCAAGGAAGAUUGCUACUGAACAUCACACUGAAGAUAUUGAAAAUGCGCGGUGUCCUAAUUCCCCACCUCCAAUCCAUUCUGAUAUGGACAUGGAUACAGAUAGUGAGAUCGAUGUUGAAAUUGAAGAUGCAACGCCAAGUCUUCCAUCACCCCAACAGCCAAGUGCACAUGUCUUUUCAGGUGAUCCUGGGAAAAGGGGAGAUUAAAGGGUUGAUAUGACGGGGCAAGGAUAUGACGGGGCUAGCAACAUGAAAGGGGAGAUUAAAGGGUUGAAAACAUUGAUCAUGAAAGAGUCGCCUUCUGCUUAUUACAUUCAUUGCUUUGCACAUCAACUUCAAUUGGUUCUUAUUGCCGUGGCAAAGGGAAAUGAACCAUGUAAAUGGUUUUUUGAUCAUGUUUCUUACUUGCUGAAUAUUGUUGGAGUUUCUUACAAGCGUCAUGACAUGCUUCGAGAUGUUAGAGCUCAAAAGGUUUUGGAAGCACUUGAAAUGGGUGAAAUUGAAAGUGGAAGUGGGUUAAAUCAAGAGAUGGGAUUAGCUAGACCCGGUGAUACUCGGUGGGGUUCUCAUUUUCGAACCAUUCUGCACAUUAUUACCAUGUACCCCACAAUACUAGAAGUACUUGAUACUAUUGGAAAAGAUCCUUCACAAAGUGGUGAGUGGACAAGAAUACGUGCAGUGGCUUUUGCCUGGGAGUCAUAUGACUUUGUUUUCAAUCUUCAUGUGAUGCUUAUUAUUCUUGGCCACACUAAUGAGUUGUCUCAGUCAUUGCAAAAGAGAGAUCAAGAUAUUGUUAAUGCAAUGGCACUUGUUAGUUUGGCAAAGAAUAAAAUGCGACAUAUGAGGUCUCAUGGCUGGGAAGAAUUUCUUGCAAAGGUGACAUUGUUUUGCAACAAACAUGGCAUUGAAGUUCCUACACCGGAGGAUAAUUAUGUGCCUCAUGGAAGAUCACCUCGGUAUUAUGAAGUGCAAACAAAUGAUGAUCGUUAUAGAAGAGAAGUAUAUCUUGGUAUCCUUGAUCAAAUCAUUCAAGAGCUUGACAAUAGGUUUGAUGAGGUUAAUAUGGAGUUGCUUAUUUGCAUGUCUGCUUUGAACUCCGCCAAUUCAUUUGCUUCUUAUGAUGCACUCAAGGUAAUGAAACUUGCUGAAUUCUACCCCCAGGACAUAUCAAGCAUGGAUUUGGUAAGGCUUGAAUUCCAACUUGAUACUUUUAUUAAUGAUAUGAGACAAGAUGAUAGGUUCAGAUCUGUGCGUAAUAUUGGUGAACUCUCUGUUAUGCUUGUUGGUACAAACAAACAUGUUCUCUAUGAUUUGGUCUACAUGCUUAUCAAAUUGGUAUUGAUCUUACCGGUGGCCACAGCGAGUGUUGAAAGAGUAUUUUCGGCAAUGAAUCUAGUGAAAAAUAAGUUGAGAAAUAGUAUGAGUGAUGAUCUCAUGAAGAAUUGUUUAGUAACAUUCAUUGAGCGAGAUGUGUUCUUGAAAGUAAGCGAGGAAGACAUAGUUGAAGAUUUCAUGGCAAAGGAACGUCGUAGAGUUACUUAGUGUUAUAGUUUCUACAUGCCUACAUAUUUGUAUCUUUCAUGUAAGACUAUUUGUAUUUGCAACGUUGCAAAUUCGGAAUAUUUGGGAACUAUAAUGUUGUCUGACUUGA